AGGGGGGUAUGCUCCUUUUGGGCUGUCACUGGUUGUUGGAAAGGCUCCACUGUGGUGCCAUUGGUCCCUUCCACAAGGACACAGCAGAGCGGCUAAGGCGGAAGGCGGCCUGAGCGUAGCGCACGCACCGCUCUGAAAAGGGGCUGGGGAGCAGGAAGCGCGGAGUGACUCGGCGAGCACGCAGGGGAAGAGCCAUAGAAACACUAAUCAGGGUGAGUAACGAGGUACUGAAUAAGCUGUGCUGGGAGUGUGGCCACGGGAGAAGGAUCAGCGAGAAACCGCCCAACAAAUCCACCCGGCCGGACCAGGACAUGACCGCGCAGUGCACCCUUCUCGCCCCGCCUGCUUGCUUUACGGCAGCGUCGCGCCUCGUCGGCUCUUUGCGGCAGCGGAACCGGUGGUUGAACUGGGAUUUAAUUUUUUAUCCUAUGGAUCACUGAAUGAGUAACAGAUGGCCUUGCCACGUCUUACAGGCGCUCUACGCUCCUUUUCAAAUGUCACUAGACAUGAUGAUUAUAGUGAAGAAUUAGCUGACUUAACGAAAAAAAGAGCAAAACAACAAGAACAGUUACUGAAGUCUGAUCUUACUUGGAAGAAGAUAAUAAAGUUUGUUGAUGACAAUUUAGACAAAAAAGAAUACCAAACUGUAAAUGGUGAUUUGAAAACUAUAUUACAAGCAGCAAAACAAAUAGUUGGAGCUGAAAAUGGACAAGAAGCAAUUGAAAGCGGAGCUGUUUUUCUCUUUAAGACAUUUCACGGGAAAGAAUGUGUUGGUCAUGAUGAAACAAAGGCUAUCAAGCAGAUGUUUGGGCCGUUUCCAUCAUCAUCUGCUACUGCAGCUUGUAAUGCCACAUGUCGGAUUGCUUCUCACUUCACUGAAGAACAGCUUACAGCCCUCAUACAGAUGGCUGAGGAGCAAAAUGGUGAUAACAGAAUGUUCUUUGGUAAAAAUAUAGUGUUUUCAUUUGACAUGCAUGAUUUGGAUCACUCUGAGGAGCUGCCUGUAAAUGGUGAGGCUGAUGCUCAAAGAAUUAUAAGCUUAGAUUAUAAGAAAUUUCUGAAUAAUCAGCUGGAUCAUCUAAAGAACUGCUGUGAUGAGAAGUCUGAUCUCAAGUCUAUGGCAAAAGUAGAUGAUUCUUUUUUAUGGUCUGAAGUUGGAAAAUAUCUGAAUGAAUCUCAGGGUGGUACCCCUGGAGGACCAACAACGGAAGAUCUCUGCUGUACUUUGUAUGAGAUGCUUGCUUCUCCCAAGAGUGGUGAUGAACUUCAAAAUGAGUUAUUUGAACUGCUAGGCCCUGAGGGCUUUGAACUUAUAGAGAAGCUCCUACAGAAGAGAUCUGUGAUUGUGGAAAGAUCUUUGGCUUGUCAAAAUGAUAACAAGUUCCAGGCUUUGCAAGAGCAGUGCAAGAAGUUUAUAGGUGAAAAUACUAAACCCAAUUAUGGCUGUCAAGUUACAAUUCAGUCUGAACAAGAAAAGCUGUUAAUGAAACAGUAUCGUCGUGAAGAAAAACGAAAUGCCAGAAGAGAAAAACAAGCUGGGGAAGAUGGAGAAGUAUCUGGGGAAGGACUUACAUCCUUUGAUCCCAAAGAGCUGAGAAUGCAAAGGGAACUAGCACUUUUGAAUGCCCGAAGUAUGCCUAUCCUAGGUAGACAGAAAGAGGUGGACUUUGAAAGAAUUCAUUAUCCACAUGUUUAUGAUUCCCGAGCUGAAGCUAUGAAAACAUCAGCAUUCAUUGGAGGUGCAAAGGUGUUCUUACCAGAAUCAGUUCAGAGAGAAAACAACAAAAUGUAUGAAGAGGUGAAAAUCCCCCAUAGUGAACCAAUGCCUAUUGGCAUUGAAGAGAAAAUUGUUUAUGUUAAAGACUUUGAUGAGAUUGGCCAACUUGCUUUUAAAGGCAUGAAAAGACUGAACCGAAUCCAAUCUAUAGUUUUUGAGACUGCCUACAACACAAAUGAGAACAUGCUAAUCUGUGCACCCACUGGAGCUGGGAAGACUAACAUUGCCAUGCUGACAAUUCUUCAUGAAAUUCGCCAGCAUGUUCAGCAUGGUGUUAUCAAAAAGGAUGAGUUCAAGAUUGUCUAUGUUGCUCCUAUGAAGGCUUUGGCAGCUGAAAUGACAAAUUACUUCAGCAAACGUCUUGAACCACUGGGUAUUACUGUGAAAGAGCUGACUGGUGAUAUGCAGCUGUCAAAAGGUGAAAUUCUGCGAACACAGAUGCUUGUGACUACUCCAGAAAAGUGGGACGUAGUAACAAGAAAAAGUGUUGGUGAUGUAGCUCUCUCUCAGCUGGUAAGGCUGUUGAUUCUUGAUGAAGUUCAUCUGUUGCAUGAAGACAGAGGACCCGUACUUGAAAGUAUAGUGGCACGUACUUUGCGUCAGGUUGAAUCUACACAAAGCAUGAUUAGGAUUUUGGGCCUUUCAGCUACGUUACCCAAUUAUCUUGACGUUGCUACGUUUCUACAUGUCAAUCCCUACAUUGGACUAUUCUACUUCGAUAGCCGUUUUCGACCUGUACCACUGGGACAAACCUUUAUAGGAAUUAAGACAACUAAUAAGGUGCAGCAGCUGAAUCAUAUGGAUGAAGUAUGUUAUGAAAAUGUGCUGAAGCAAAUAAUGGCUGGUCACCAGGUAAUGGUGUUUGUUCAUGCUAGAAAUGCCACAGUCAGAACUGCUAUGGCUCUUCGAGAAAAAGCAAAAAACAAUGGUCAUAUUUGUCACUUCUUGUCACCUCAAGGAUCGGCUUAUGGACAAGCUGAAAAACAGGUACAGAGAUCCAGAAAUAAGCAGUUGCGUGAGCUGUUUCCAGAUGGAUUUAGUAUUCAUCAUGCAGGAAUGCUGCGGCAAGACAGAAGUUUGGUUGAGAACCUGUUUUCUAAUGGACAUAUCAAAGUGCUAGUAUGUACAGCUACGCUUGCCUGGGGUGUCAAUCUUCCUGCUCACGCUGUUGUUAUUAAAGGAACACAAAUAUAUGCUGCAAAAAGAGGCUCCUUUGUUGACCUUGGAAUUUUAGAUGUCAUGCAGAUAUUUGGUCGAGCUGGACGGCCUCAGUUUGACAAAUUCGGAGAAGGCAUCAUUAUUACAACUCAUGAUAAACUCAGUCAUUACCUGACACUUCUUACUCAGCAGAAUCCAAUUGAAAGCCAGUUUCUUGAAAGCCUUGCCGACAACCUAAAUGCAGAGAUUGCUCUUGGAACAGUAACUAAUGUGGAAGAAGCAGUAAAGUGGAUAAGUUACACUUAUCUUUAUGUACGGAUGAGAGCAAAUCCAUUAGUAUAUGGCAUCAGUCACAAAGCUUAUCAGAUGGAUCCAGGUCUAGAAAAGCACAGAGAACAGUUGGUAAUUGAAGUUGGCAGGAAGCUGGACAAAGCCCGCAUGAUUCGCUUUGAAGAAAGAACCGGCUUUUUUUCUUCAACAGAUUUAGGCAGAACUGCCAGCCACUACUAUAUUAAAUACAAUACUAUAGAGACUUUCAAUGAAUUGUUUGAUGCUCAUAAAACAGAAGGUGAUAUUCUUGCUAUAGUGUCCAAAGCUGAAGAAUUUGAACAAAUAAAGGUUAGAGAAGAAGAAAUAGAAGAGCUGGAUACCUUAUUGAAUGAUUUCUGUGAACUUCCUGCUCCUGGAGGUGUGGAAAACAACUAUGGAAAAAUAAAUAUCCUCCUCCAAACAUAUAUUAGCAGAGGGGAGAUGGAUAGCUUCUCCCUUAUUUCAGAUUCUGCAUAUGUUGCACAGAAUGCAGCUCGUAUUGUUCGAGCUCUUUUUGAGAUUGCCCUUAGGAAACGUUGGCCUGCAAUGACAUAUCGACUACUGAAUCUCAGCAAAGUCAUUGACAAGAGGCUGUGGGGCUGGGUUAGCCCUUUGAGACAGUUCUCUGUGUUACCACCAUCAGUCCUCUCAAAGUUGGAAGAGAAGAAUCUCACUAUAGACAAGAUGAAGGACAUGAGAAAGGAUGAAAUAGGUCAUAUGCUGCAUCAUGUGAAGAUUGGGUUAAAGGUAAAACAGUGUGUCCAUCAAAUCCCCUCCAUUGCAAUGGAAGCAACGAUUCAACCAAUUACUCGCACAGUGCUCCGAGUUCGCUUGAACAUCACACCUGACUUCACAUGGAACGAUCAGGUACAUGGCACUGUUGGAGAGCCUUGGUGGAUUUGGGUAGAAGACCCUACUAAUGAUCACAUUUAUCAUUCAGAGUACUUCAUCAUUCAGAAAAAACAGGUCAUUACUAAAGAACCUCAACUGCUGGUGUUUACAAUCCCAAUAUUCGAACCUCUGCCUUCUCAGUAUUACAUUCGAGCUGUGUCUGAUAGAUGGUUAGGAGCAGAGGCUGUGUGUAUCAUAAAUUUUCAACAUCUGAUUCUUCCAGAGAGACAUCCACCCCACACAGAGCUUCUAGAUCUUCAACCUUUGCCUGUCACAGCCUUAGGACAUCCAGAAUAUGAAGUCCUCUACAAGUUCACACACUUCAAUCCUAUCCAGACCCAGAUAUUUCAUACUCUAUAUCACACAGACUGUAAUGUUCUUCUUGGAGCACCUACAGGUUCUGGAAAGACUGUUGCAGCUGAAUUAGCCAUCUUUAGAGUUUUUAACAAGUAUCCCACAUCAAAGGCAGUGUAUAUUGCACCCUUAAAAGCACUCGUUCGUGAGAGAAUUGAGGACUGGAAAGUGAGGAUUGAAGAAAAACUUGGUAAAAAGGUUGUAGAGUUGACUGGAGAUGUGACUCCCGAUAUGAGAGCUAUCGCUCAAGCUGAUCUGAUUGUUACUACCCCAGAGAAGUGGGAUGGUGUCAGCAGAAGCUGGCAGAACAGAAGCUAUGUUCAGAAAGUUUCCAUUCUCAUCAUAGAUGAAAUCCAUCUGCUAGGGGACGAGAGAGGCCCAGUACUGGAAGUCAUUGUGUCUCGAACAAACUUCAUCUCAUCUCACACAGAGAAGCCUGUAAGAGUAGUUGGCUUAUCCACUGCAUUAGCAAAUGCCAGAGAUCUUGCUGAUUGGCUAAAUAUUAAUCAGAUGGGUCUGUUCAAUUUCCGACCUUCAGUACGUCCAGUUCCUCUAGAGGUACACAUUCAGGGGUUCCCUGGCCAGCAUUACUGUCCUCGCAUGGCUCGCAUGAACAAGCCUGCAUUUCAGGCAAUUCGAAGCCAUUCUCCAGCCAAGCCUGUUCUUAUUUUUGUUUCAUCCAGACGUCAAACAAGGCUUACUUCCUUAGAUCUGAUAGCUUUCCUAGCUACUGAGGAUGAUCCCAAACAAUGGCUGAAGAUGGAUGAAAGAGAGAUGAAUGACAUUAUAGGGACAGUUAGAGAUUCAAAUUUGAAGCUGACUCUUGCUUUUGGAAUAGGCAUGCACCAUGCCGGUCUGCAUGAGAGAGACAGGAAAACUGUGGAAGAAUUGUUUGUGAAUUGUAAAAUCCAGGUUCUUAUUGCCACAAGCACAUUAGCUUGGGGUGUAAAUUUUCCAGCUCAUUUAGUAAUUGUUAAAGGAACAGAAUACUAUGAUGGAAAAACAAGGCGCUAUGUGGAUUAUCCCAUUACAGAUGUACUUCAGAUGAUGGGACGUGCAGGCAGACCACAAUUUGAUGACCAAGGCAAAGCUGUAAUUCUAGUUCAUGAUAUCAAGAAAGACUUCUACAAAAAAUUCCUGUAUGAACCUUUCCCAGUGGAAUCCAGCUUGUUAGAUGUGCUGGCUGACCACUUGAAUGCUGAAAUUGCUGCUGGAACUAUUACUUCUAAGCAGGAUGCAAUGGAUUAUAUCACUUGGACUUAUUUCUUCCGACGACUUAUAAUGAACCCAACUUACUAUAACUUGGACAAUGUGAGCCAUGACACUAUGAACAAAUACCUCUCAAGCCUUGUUGAGAAAUCCCUCUUUGAUUUGGAAUGUUCCUACUGUAUUGAAAUUGGGGAGGAUAACCGCAGUAUUGAACCUCUGACAUAUGGCCGCAUUGCUUCCUAUUACUAUUUGAAGCAUCCAACUAUUGGGAUGUUCAAAGAUCAGCUGAAACCUGAAAGCAGUGUUGAAGAAUUGCUCUUAAUUCUGACAAAUGCUGAUGAGUACACAGAUCUACCUGUGAGACACAAUGAAGACCAAAUGAACAGUGAGCUGGCAAAACAUCUUCCAAUUGAAGUCAAUCCUCAUUCAUUUGACAGCUCACACACAAAAACACACCUCCUGCUGCAAGCCCACUUCAGUCAUGCCAUGUUGCCUUGUCCAGAUUAUGCAACUGAUACAAAGACAGUGCUGGACCAAGCAAUUAGAAUAUGUCAGGCAAUGCUGGAUGUCACAGCACAUCAUGGCUGGCUGGUGGCUGCUCUGAAUAUAACCAACCUGGUGCAGAUGAUAGUUCAGGGCAGAUGGGUACACGACUCUUCCCUGCUUACUGUGCCCAAUAUAGAAGUACAGCACCUUUAUCUUUUUCAGAAGUGGAGCCAAGGAAAAAGGAAGAGUUUGCAUGGAGGUUACCAAGGUCCUAUCGAGUGUCUUCCUGAACUUAUGGCUGCCUGUGAAGGAAAAGAAAAUGUGUUUGCUUCAAUUGUGGACAAUGAAUUGCAAACAGCACACAUUUCACAGGCUUGGAAUUUCUUGUCCCGCUUGCCAAUUCUACACGUUAGCCUGAGCAUUAAGGGCUGUUGGGAUGACCCAGCUCAGCCACAGAAUGAAGUGCCUGUUCCCUCUUUGACACCAGACACACGAGAUGACAAAAGAUGGAUCAAAUUACAUGCUGAUCAAGAAUAUGUGCUCCAGAUACAUCUGCAGAGAACCCAGAUGGGGUAUCAGGGAAAGCAAGACAGUAAAGCAGUGGCUCCUCGAUUCCCUAAAGUUAAAGAUGAAGGAUGGUUUUUAAUAUUGGGAGAAGUUGACAAAAAAGAACUCAUCGCUCUGAAGAGAACUGGAUAUGUCAGAAAUAGAAAUACUGUCUCUCUUGCUUUUUACACUCCAGAGACCCCUGGAAAGUGUAUUUACACGUUGUAUCUCAUGAGCGACAGUUAUCUUGGCAUGGACCAACAGUAUGAUAUUUACCUGAAUAUUAUACCAGCUAGUACUUCAGCACAAGCCACAACAGAGGUGUCUGAUGCUAUGAGUUAUCUGACUUUGAAGUAAGGUGAUCUGAAAAAUCUGUUUAAAAAGAACUUGUCUUUCUCCCAACAUAUCUGGUCAUUUUGGACUCCCAAAAAGUGAGUUUGCCUUAGCGGAACAAAACUUCUAACCUCAAGACAACUCAAAAAUUGAAAGUGACUACUGUAUUGACUCUGGUAACACAGAGUUAGCCACAGUGGCCUUACUCCUUUAUAAAAUUUUGUCUUUUCUUGGUUCAUCUUUCAGAAAUCAUAUUUAUCUCUUUUAUUCCUACUAGAGCUGCCAUAAUUCAAUUUUGACACAUCAAAAUAAAAGACACCGUAAUUUGCGCAAAUUUAGGGCUACAAUCUUCAUUUUGAAAAAAUGUUCUGUAGCCCAUGUGUGUUGAUGCAGUUUAAAUAGAUGACUUUUUUUAAUUUAUAGGGAAAAAAUACAAAAUUUGUCCUGAGAAAAAUAUGCUGAAAAUAUUGAUGGAUAUGUUACAUUUCAUGUUUAAUAAAAAUAUGUCCAUAAGAAUGUUUUGCAUUA